AUGGUUCACUUUGUACUCCUGGAGUCCUGGGAAGUGGUUGUUCGUGGUGGUGUUGUUGUUGUUGGUGAAGAGUCAAUGUCGGCGAUCGCUCUGGAUUCGCCAGAUCGUCAUAGUUCCUCACCAGAGCUUUCUUCACCACCUUCAGGCACUUCACCACCUCAUCAUCGCACGUCGAUCAACAAUAAAGGAGGACUUUCAAGAUUAACAGAGAGUAUACAGAUUUCAUCCGCGACUGCGACCGAUGAUGGUGCCUCAAAACCAAGCAAAGCCGCUAAAGACCCGUCCGCGCCCAAACGCCCGCGUAUUAAGAAGGAGCCUGAUAGCAAAACAACUACUAAUGUUGCAACCACAAUAAAUGGUGGAGACCAGCCGAUCAAAAAACCUCGUGCAAAGCGGGGAACAGGUGUGCGUGCAUUGAAAAAAAAAGCGGAUGAAGAAGCUAAGAGAGUGGAAGAAGCUGCUGCGCGGCUUGCCCUGGGGCAAAGCGGCUUCGUCCCACUGCCUCAAACGACCGCAAAUCACCCUGCACCCCCGCUUUCCCAAAAUGGAAAUCGUGAAGGCAUUCCCACUUUUCAACAAAACCAUCAACAGCACCUUUCCCUUCAACCACGUACAUCUAGCGGCCAGAAUUAUGACCCUAUACGUUCCGCAACAGUCGCACCCCGCCCCAUAACCCCGAUAAACAAUAUCUCCACUGCGAUGAAACCAACUGCAAACCGCUCACCGUCCAUUUCAAGCUUGAUUGACCCUCCUGACGCCAUGCGACCGCACAAUCCUUAUGUACAUCAGCCAAAAAAAGAUUACGAACAUAGACAGUCCUCGCCCUUACCCUUGAGUAACCCACCCGUCCCAUCGCAAAAUGGAUCAAUCAAUGCCGCCGCCGCUGCCUCAUCGUCUUCGCCCAUGGAGAUUGUUCAAGAACCACCCGUCAAGCAGUCCAUAAUAUCUGCUUCUAAGAAACCUACUCCAGCUGCAAGCAAAGGCCCAUCACCUGGCGCUCACUCUCCUAAACCUUCUACCAAAAAAGAUGCUACUCCCCUUCCGGCGCCAGGCAGUGGCCUACUUUCUGGCACUAUGUUUGGUGGUCCAAGCACCUUAGACGCUCCAGAAGCGGAGAACAGUACUCCUACAGUUAUUCUAAAUGUGCCGCUGACCGGUGAGCACCAAUAUGUCAAUUUCACUCGCCUAGCAGAAGAGAAAUAUGGUUUCCAUGCGUUACAUCCUAGGCUUGCCGCACAGCGUGAUCGGCUGGCACGUGUUGCUGCAGCUGGGGCGGCGUUAGAGAAGGCGAAAAAGCCGGGAGCACCAGGCGUUGAAGCAGAUGACAUGUCUGAAGAUCUCUCUAACGAAGAAGGCGAUGACAGUAACGUGGAGAUGGGCGGCAUCGAUAAUCGCUCAGUCGCGCCGGACGGGAGAAGCGGAGAGGACACUGGCGAAGCCCCCAAGAAGCGAAAACGAAUCAUGAGAGAGGACAUGUAUGAUAUAGACGAUGGGUUUAUUGACGACACCGAGCAAGCUUGGGAGGAGAAAGCGGCUGUAAGUCAAGAUGGCUUUUUUGUCUACUUAGGACCUUUGGUACAGGAGGGGGAAGACACCAAAGUGGAACGAUCUGAAGUGACCCCAAAAAGAGGACGGGGUGGUGGGCGUGGAAGCCGCGGCGGGGUCGGUAGCAGAGGUGGUCGAGCAAGUGCUGCCCGUACAACUGACAAGGACAGCAAGGAUGGUAACGACCCACCGAAAAGGAGGAGGCGAACAAGAGAGGAGAUGGAGCGCGACAAAGCGGAAGAACUGGCUCGUAAAGAAAAGAAAUUGAUGGCAAAGCAGGCCGCUGGGACCGCAACGUUGCCAUCGCAGCCCACACCAAUUCAGAUGCAAAUGGCUCAGGUGCCCGUCUGA